AUGAAAUCAAUUAUUUAUGAAGAUUUAUUAGUUGAUAAAAGCUCAGUUCACCAAGAACUUUUUUGUAUUAUCUGCUCAAAUCUCAUUAAAGAUGCACGUCAAUGUAGUGAAAGUCAUAUUUUUUGUGACUCUUGUAUUAAAGAAUGGUUAAAAACACAAACAACUUGCCCAUCGUGCAGAAAUUUUAUUUUCUAUGAUAAUCUUGCAAAAAAUAGAUUAGUUAAUAAUUUAAUUGGAAAUUUAAAAAUUCAUUGUCCAGAUGGAUGUUGUGAAACCAUUACAAUCGACGAGUUAGAAUCCCAUUUAAAAUGCUGCGAAAAAAGAUAUGUUAAAUGCCCACAAGGAAACUGUGGAAAUAUUAGAUUAUCUUCAUUAGAUGAACAUUUAAAUAAUUGUCGUUAUAAUUAUAUUAACAAUUGCUUAUAUAGAAAUGGUAAUCAAGAAAGACAAAUAAUUCAAGAGAUUAAAGAAGAAAGAAAGAAAAUUAAAGAGUUACAAAUGUGCAACCAAAGCGAAUUUAAAGAAUCUGAAUUUUUUGAUCUUUCAAAAGAAAAUACCUAUCAUUACGAUGUAUUUAAUAAGGACUAUUUAAAUUAUUUACAAAAUAAAGUAAAUGAAAUUCAAAUCGUAGAUUCUGAACACAUCCAAAACAAAAAGCAAGAAAUUGCUUGCAAUCAAAUUGUAGGUAGUGUACAAGAUGACAAUGUUAACCAUGCAUUAGAUUGGAUUAUUCAAAAUUAUAAUGAAAAAAUUAGAAAUAUGGGCGAAAAUGGUUAUUUCGAAAUUAUUCCAUUUGAACAUAUUAUCCUUAGAUUCUAUCCACUCAGAACAGAAUAUUUUACAACUCCAUGCAAACCAGGUGUCACCCCAAUGGAGAUUUGGCAAAUUCAAAUCAUUAGUAAAUGUUUAAUCCCAAUCGACUUUAAUCUAACCAUCCAAAGUCCAAUUUCAAGAGAGGUUAAAUCCAUUCUUAGAGAAAAUGUUAGUCUUGAUAUAAAGUUUGAUAGAGUUGCUGUUAAAAAUGAUUUAAAGCUUUCUUUUAUUAUUAAUUAUAAAAAGAAAUAUUUAAGUUUAUUCACCAGUUAA